AUGUUCUCCACUUCUCUCCUCGUGAGCGCCCUGCUCGCCAUCCACACAGCUGCCCAAACACCCCCAGCGUACACAACUCCCACAACAACCGAACAGCAAUUCCCUAUUACCACUACUCUCCACGUCUCAACCUCAACGAACGUGACUACAACGGUUACCCUCUUGACUACUCACAGCGCCAACAGUCCUGGAUCAACUGUCCAGACACAAUCGCCGGCAUCUUACACGUCUCUCACAGCCUCACCCGACAAUACGUCUGGAACAAAUUCUGGCGGAGAGUCGACAAGUGGCACCCAGUCUGAGUCGAUCAUCAUCACAAUAUCAAAUGGCGGCACUUUGACGACUACCGGCAUCCUGUCAACACCAGCUGUGACUGAAACAGUACCUUCAAGCCCGACAACAGUACCAAGUGAAUCGAUGGUCACCAGCACAGCACCAGCUGAUCCUCACUCCCAAACUACAACAUUGUCGUCCAAUGGACAGGGCAGUGAAACAGCGGCCACUAGCUCUGUACCAGACUCGACUGCAUCGCAGAGCUUUCAACAGACUGGCACAAGCUUUGUAACUACCACAGACUCAACUGGAUCGAGUUUCCAGCAGACAAGUACGAGCCCUACCACUGCCGGAGACCCAAGUGGAUCUUCGAGCGGUCAGCCGGUGAUCACAAGCUCUGCCACUACCACAGAAUCGGCUGGUUCUCUGAGCUCAGCCACCUCAGAUUCAACUGAGAGUUCGAGCGGGCAGCAAACGAGUACAAGCUUUGGGACUACCGCAGACUCAGCUACAUCUCCAGGUGACCAGCAGACGAGCACGACCCCACCUGCAACAAGCUCAAGUGGAUUUCCGAGCGAUGACCAGACGACCACGAGCGGCAUCAGUACCGGCACGUUCACAUCAAGUAGCCAAGCAACUUCUGAUACUUUGCCCUCGACAACGCAGCAAGGUGUACAGAUCACCCUCAAUCCCGAAUGGACCAUCACAGGGGAUGCUUCUGGAAUCGUUGUUGGUACUUCGACCUUGUCGCCUGGUGGCGCUGGGUUCACGAGCGGUACUGUCACGAUUUCGCUGGCUCCUGGGGGAGUGGUUGUUGUCGACGGCAGUUCAACUACUCUGGCCUCGUCGACCACCAAUCCUUCGACCACCAAUCCUUCGAUCACCAAUGAUUCGCCUACCACAUCAGCGGAAGCAGGUGUGCAGAUAAGUGUCGACCCCGAGCUGACAAUCUCCGAAGACGCGUCUGGGAUCGUUAUUGGUACCACUACUCUGUUGCCUGGUGGCCCUGGCUUCACCAGUGGGACUGUAUCGGCCUCACUCGCCCCAAGCGGAGUAGUCGUUGUUGAUGGCAGCACGACUACAUUGCCCGCAUUGAGCACAGGUGGCCAGUCUUCCCCCGCACCAUCCAGUCAGACCGACCUACCUAUUUCUGGGUCUCCACCAUCCUUGACCAGCCGGACUUCGACUCCUCCUGCCCCUUUACCUUCACUGCCGUCUCCUGCGCCACCUACUGCACCACCACAGUCUCCUUCAUUGCCACCAUUACAGUCGUCGUCUACAACAGCGCCUCCGGGUUUUCCGACAGUGCCACCGUUCUCAGCAUUGCCUUCUCCCACGUCAUCAUCAACGCCUGAUGCAACUGAUAUCAAAGCUCUGGUGGAAAUUAUUGUGAGCCUACUACGACGCACAACGCCAGGUCUCCAAGACUGGGUCAGAGGAGUCGACAUCGAUCCAAAACCCAUAAUCGAGGGGUUGAGAACGAUUUCACACAUGGCUGAGGAAACUUCGAAGGGAAUCACCGGCGGUGAUAGAGGCGGAGGAUGCCUGGACUCAUUGUUUGGUGCAUUCAAUUGCAUCAUAGACAUUGGCACGAAGGCGAUAACCUCGAUCUCAAGAGGUGUUCACGCUGAACUUCAAGAAAUACUGGAUACCCUGAUUGAUAUCACCAAAAUUCUCCCCGAACUGGCGAAAGGUUCAGACAAGGCACCAGAGGAAGACCCGGAAAAUGAAGAACAGAGCUCGACGAGCUCCUGCUCAGCCGGAACAACGACUGUCAGCAGCUGCCUUGUGGGCUGCUCGGUAUCUCUCACAAGCGUGGCCAACUCACAAUCGUUCACUACAAUCUGCUCUACAACUAGCUGUGUCACAGAGACCUGCUGUGAUCUCGAACCUACAACAACGUCCUCCAUCAUAGAGCCUUCCGACAUCGCCUGCCCGCUGGCUCUCCCGAGACUAUACAACGCACCGGCAACUUAUAACUCCUUUGGCAUAGCAAUACCUCCGUGGCUCACCUUGCCGCCAGUGCCGGACGAGCCAGAACCCUUCACAGCCGCUCCGGCUAGUUCGCAGUCAGCUGCGCAGGCAUCGAGCACGACUACAUCAUCUUUGUCAUUCUCUUACGUCCCGGAUUCGACCACAUCUUAUGACCCGUUGACUGUAUCGUUCUCUUUCGUCCCGGAUCCCACCACCUCGACUUCCAUCGCGCCUUCGAUCUCCGCCACGGCCCUUCCUGAUUUCCGAGACUUGAAACACUUGGGAGACGUCACACGGAAAUGCUACGACCCUGCAAAAUUCCGUGGGCACGGUGACGUUCACGAUGGAAACGUAAACAUGUUCGCCGACAAGGUCUGUAAGAAAUUUGGCGACUUGGAGUUGACUCCCGAGAGUAAGCCAUUCAUCCAUAGAGAACAAGCAUCCGGUGGUGAUCAGAUCAACAUCGAUUUCGUCGUCUCGUGGAUUCCGGGAUGCAGGCUGAGAGAUGGAAAUGGCGAACUCGUUGACAAGCAGAAGAUUGAUUUCAAGUGGUACCCUGAGAAAGAGAACCCUCAUGGGGUGGACUGGGAUGCAUCGGCAUGCAUUGCGAUCUUCAUGACGAAUCAUGCGGGAUGUAACAAUGAGGGUGUCGGUGGCAGCACGGAUGCUGGGUGUUUGAGAUACACGACUACCGGGGGCAGGGGCGAGCCAAUCGAGGACUAUAUGGAUGACAUUGUGCCGACACUGCCACCAUAA